CAGGGAAAUGACAGCCGUGCGGCGUUCGUGAACCAGCAUGGGGCGCCCCGCCAGCCGCCAUGGACGCUGAAAACAGGGUCGUCCUCAACGUGGGCGGCAUCCGGCAUGAAACUUACAAGGCCACGCUCAAAAAGAUUCCGGCCACCCGACUCUCCAGGUUAACUGAAGCACUAGCAAACUACGACCCUAUUUUAAAUGAAUAUUUCUUUGAUCGGCAUCCGGGAGUAUUUGCACAGGUGCUCAACUACUAUCGGACUGGCAAGCUCCACUACCCGACGGACGUCUGCGGCCCUCUGUUUGAAGAGGAGCUCGAGUUCUGGGGCCUCGACUCGAACCAGGUCGAGCCGUGUUGCUGGAUGACCUACACCCAGCACCGCGACACGCAGGAGACGCUGGCGGUGCUCGACCGGCUCGACCUGGACACCGACAAGCCCAACGAGGAGGAGGUGGCCCGCAAAUUCGGCUUCGAGGAUGACUACUACAACGGCACCGUCUCCUGGUGGCAGAACACCAAGCCCAAGCUGUGGUCACUCUUCGACGAGCCCUACUCGUCGCAGGCAGCGAAGAUUGUCGGCAUCAUCAGCGUGUUCUUCAUUUGCAUCUCAAUCGUGUCAUUCUGUCUCAAGACGCACCCGGACAUGCGCGUGCCGUGCAUCAAGAACGUCACCGUGCAGACAGCCUUCAACGGCACCGCCUGGACGCUGGACAAGUUCAAAACCAAUCCGCACGAUGCCUUCUUUUACAUCGAGUGUGUCUGUAACGCGUGGUUUACGUUCGAGAUCUUGGUCCGCUUCGUGGCGUCGCCCAACAAGAAGGCGUUCGUCACGUCUUCGGUCAACAUCAUCGACUACAUCGCCACGCUCAGCUUCUACAUCGACUUGAUGCUGCAGAAGUUCGCCGAGGACGUGGAGAAUGCCGAUAUUCUAGAGUUCUUUAGCAUUAUUCGUAUCAUGAGACUGUUCAAGCUCACGCGGCAUUCGAGUGGGCUGAAAAUUCUGAUGCAGACAUUUCGCGCCUCGGCCAAAGAGCUCACCCUUCUGGUAUUCUUCCUGGUGCUUGGCAUUGUCAUUUUCGCCUCGUUAGUCUAUUACGCCGAGCGGAUCCAGGUGAACCCGCACAAUAACUUCAACUCGAUCCCACUGGGACUCUGGUGGGCGCUGGUCACGAUGACCACAGUCGGCUACGGAGACAUGGUGCCCAAAACUUACGUGGGGAUGUUCGUCGGCACCCUAUGUGCCUUGGCAGGCGUGCUGACGAUUGCUCUGCCCGUGCCUGUCAUCGUCUCCAACUUCGCCAUGUACUAUUCGCACACGCAAGCGCGCGCCAAGCUGCCCAAGAAGCGCCGGCGAGUGAUAGCCGUCGAGCAGGUGCGGCCGGUCGCCCGCAAACCGGGCGGCAACGGGCCAGGCGGCAACGGCGGCAACCGCGGCGCCGCGCAGAAGAACCGCAAGGAGAGCAUGGCGUGGACGUGCACGGGUUCGAGUGGCGCCCUGGUACCGCUGGUACCGCGCGCGCCAGCCACCGGCCCCUACCCGUACCCUCCGUGCCGGCCGGCGGUUCCCGUGGUACCGGCCCUGCCCAGUAACGGCGCGGCCGUCAGCGUCGGCAGGGCGGCCGCCGAGCCGCUGUUGCUCGUCUGCCAGCAGCGCACCACACCCAACGAACACUUCACCGUGCAGACACUCAAUCUGGCGCUGUAGCGCGCCGUAUCCGCCGGCACCGCGCCGCCGCCCGGCCGGCUGCAGACGGCGGUGACAGCGGCCCGAAUCACCCACUACCAGACGACAGCGCGCCAGGCGACGGCCGCCAAAUACACCAACUUUGGGUCUUUCAACUCGCGGUUCGCAGAUCUGGGGCGCCGGGCUCUCGGAGCGUUUCGCUCGAACUCCUAGUGACUCAAGUGUCUGAGAGUUGGAUGUUAUCGGCACCGACAUCCAUGCCAAUCUGUCAGCCCAGUCGCGCGAGUGAUGACCUGUUAGCUUUUGACGUUGUCUCAAAAUAAAACUCGCCUUUGUAGACAAGCGUCAGUUUGACAACACUGGCUCCUCUGUUAUCAUGUAGCACCUUCUCUAAACAAGCGGUCUUUUGUCGGGCAUCUCCGGUGGCGCCGAAUGCUUUUCGAAGAGGGAUAAGAAAGCUGCAUCCGAUAGAUUUUCUCCCAUAUGCAAGCUCCACAAAAACACGUUUCUCUCGAGCAAUACAGAAUCGGAUUUGCUCCCAUCAACUGUUGUAGCAGCUUACAUAGCUCGGACCUCUGUUGCCCUUACUCCGACAGCUGCAUUAGUGUCCCACUAAUCCCACCGCCGGACCGGGCCGGUGUCGGGCCAUCCGGGGCGCCACCUCUUGUCCCACUGCAAACCGCAGGCAGUCCGUAAGUGCCGCUAACUUCUCCGCCGACCGGUGACCGUCGCCGGCGCCGGCGGGCCGCCCGAGUCACCCUCGACCCGGGGCCGCGACCGCCCACGGUCCCUCCCGCCGGCCAUCGACCAUGGCGCCGCACUGCCAUCUGGGAGCCGACGAGCGAACUAGCCGACCGGUCGGCCGCCCCACCCCAGGCCCAUUGC